UGAAGUCUAAUCUAAUUACUAUAAACUAAUAAACCUAUUGACUAAUCUAUAAAGUAAGAAACUUUAGGCUGCCCUUUCAAUAUACGGCUAUUCAUAUUCUCCACGCAACUAUAUCGGCAAGACCAUCAAAUUUAGCAAACUGAUCAGAACCAGCUUUAGGAACUGUUCAAAGACUUUGUUCUCGAAGUUGCAGAGAGCCGUGAGUUGGAUCUAUAAGCCAAGGCAGGGCAGGACGGAGGACCCCGGAGGUAUGUGUCGCGAUAUGGGCUAAAGUGGACCCUGUCCUACAAUAAACUAAGCUUUCCAGAACUUUUUCUUUUUGUAUGUUUCUUCUUUGAAUUUUUAGCAUUACCAUAUUCUGGGUUGAAGUGCAGGAUUGAAAACAUGUCUGAAUCUGAAGUGAACUUUGAUUCCUACCCUCCGGUCUUUCGCCAGCUGAAGCAGCACACCCAGAACUUUGACACGGUUGGUGCUAUAAUCCAGGUCCCAGAUUCAGACCCUAUACCUGUCAUAGAUCUCCAAUGCUUAGACCUUGACCAGCUUGGGGAGGUUUGCAGAGAUUGGGGUCUUUUUCGUUUGGUCAAUCAUGGGGUUCCUCCAACCCUUCUGAGCCAACUUCAAGACCAUGCCAAGAAGCUUUUUUCUCUUCCCUUUGAAUCCAAGCAGGCCAUAUUUAGCAGCCCUUUGUCAUACUUUUGGGGCACCCCUGUCCUCACUCCUUCUGGUGCAGCGCUACAGAUAGGUCCCCAGAAUGUCAAUUGGGUUGAAGGGCUCAAUGCUCCUCUUCGUCAACUCUCGCAAUUGCAAGCUGAAGAUCCUGUACUUGCAUCUUUCAGACUGCUACUAGAAGAAUAUGGAAAGCACCUGUUGAGACUUGCUACAACCAUAUUCGAAGCUAUGGUGAUGAAACUCAAUCUAUAUUCAGAAGAAUCCAAGUCCAAUAUUCUAUCAGAAUCCACAGAAAUUGUUCGUGUUUAUCGCUACCCACAAUGCUUUGUGGCUAACUCUGCCUGGGGCAUGGACGUGCACACAGACAGCUCGGUUCUUUCCAUAUUGAACCAACACGAAGUGGGUGGCCUCGAAGUCCUCAAGGACAAGGAAUGGAUCCAAGUUAGACCUGUUUCCAACACACUAAUUGUCAAUCUUGGAGAUAUAAUGCAGGCAAUAAGUAAUGACGAAUACAAGAGUGUGGAGCACAGAGUGAAGGCAAGCAAAGAUAAAGAGAGGAUCUCAAUCUGCUACUUUGUGUUCCCAGGUGAAGGUACUGUGAUUCGAAGCGCGAAGUACAGGCCAUUUACAUACAGGGACUUCCGAGCACAAGUGCAAGAAGACGUUAAGAGCGUUGGGUUUAAGGUUGGGCUUGAAAGAUUCAAGCUUACUGAGACCUCUUGAGCAUGAUGGGCUUCAACGAUGUAUUGAGAAAAAUUAUAUUUUCAAACCGUUCUUUUUGCUUUGUUGAUGUAAUAGAGUUUAAUUUGUAAGAAUAUUUAAUUUUAUAUUUUUUUAUAAAUCAAAAUUUUCUA